UCAAUGUGAAUAUAUUGCAAACCAUGUAAGUACUGUGAAGAUUCAUGUUGAAAGUAAACAUGAAGGAGUGAGAUAUCCUUGUUCUAAAUGAUCAAAAAUUGUUUGUGGAUUUGAUCCUCUGCAAUCUGAACCUAAACCAAAGAGAAGCAAAAAGAAUAAAGAAGAAAUUCUAUGUUUUAUAAAUAUGAGAAAACUGCUACUACAGCACGUGAUCUGAAGAUCUAGGUUGAAAGUAAACAUACAGACAAGAGAUAUCCUUGCUCGAAAUGCGAGUAUGCUGCAACUCGAGCAGAUAAUCUGAAGACACAUGUUAAAAGUAAACACAAAGGAAUAAGAUUUAGGAUUAUUUAAAUCACUCAAUUAAUCAACUAAAUUAAAUGUUCUGAACUGAAUAAACCAGUUUUCUUUUCAACAGAAAGUAAUGGUGGCAUGUCUGUAUUUUUUCAUAAUUCAGAUAGAAUGGCAGAGAAUAUGAAGCAAGAAGUAGAUUUCAAGGACUCUGAGAUAACCUCUACUGUAGAUGAUACAUGUUUUGUGAAUAUACCUGAAGAUCAAAUAAAGCUGGAAAAUACAGAAAUAAAAGAAGAAAACCUGGAUUCCGAAUUGGAUCCUCUGAAAUCUGAACCAAAGAGAAUAAGGAGGACUCAAAACAAAUAUCCAUGUUCUCAAUGCGAAUAUUUUGCAUCAACAACAAGUAAUAUGAAGAGACAUGUUAAAAUAAUUCAUUCAGGGUUAAAACAUCCCUGCCCAAAUUGUAAUUAUGCUGCAACUACAGCAGGUCACCUGAAGAGACAUGUUGAAAGUAAACAUGAAGAAGUGAGAUAUCCUUGCUCUCAGUGUGAGUAUGCUGCAACAAAAGCAAGUUCUCUGAAGAGACAUUUUGAAAAUAAACAUGAAGGAUUAAGAUAUCCCUGCUUUCAAUGUGAAUAUAGUGCAACUGUCGUAAGUAAUCUAAAGAGACAUGUUGAAAUUAAACAUGAAGGAGUAAGAUAUCCUUGUUCUCAAUGCGAACAUGCCGCAACUUCAGCAAGGGAUCUGAAGAGACAUGUUGAAAGUAAACAUGAAGGAUUGAGAUAUCCCUGCUCUCAAUGUGAAUAUAGUGCAACUGACGGAAGUAAUCUGAAGAGACAUGUUGAAAGUAAACACAAUGGAGUGAGGUAUCCCUGCCCAAAAUGUGAGUUCGCUGCAACUAGAGCAGAUGCGCUGAAGAUUCAUGUUGAGAGUAAACAUGAAGGGUGGAGAUAUUAUUGCCCACAAUGUGAGUUUGUCGCAACUGCAGCAAUUAAUCUGAAGAGACAUGUUAAAAGUAGACAUUAAGGAAUAAUAUAUCCUUGUCCUAAAUGUAAAUAUGCUGCAACUCUGAAAGGAGGUCUGAAAAAA